AUCCGUGCAGCCAGACGGGGGUAACCGUAGUCACCGGUCCACCAUCAGCAGCAGAGAAGACAGGGACAGAGGGGGACUGAAAAGGAUCUUCAGCAUCCCUGGAGAGUUACAUACGCAGUGAGAAAAUGACUCUGGCAGCCUACAAAGAGAAGGUCAAAGAGCUCCCCCUGGUGUCUCUCUUCUGUGCCUGCCUGAACCCACAGACUCCAGAAAAACCUACAUACAAGGCAGAAGUAAAUAAAUACUCUAAACAUGGCCACAACACCACAGAUGCGGUGGACCUUGGCUGGUGCGCCAUCAAAGACGUGGAGGUAAUUGAGCUGAACAAGCGGGCAUCAGGCCAGGCCUUCGAGGUCAUCCUCAAGCCCCCAUCCUUUGACGGCGUGCCAGAGCUCAACACUUCCAUGCCGCAGCGCCGUGACCCGUCCCUGGAGGAGAUCCAGAAGAAGCUGGAGGCUGCUGAGGAGAGACGGAAGUGCCAGGAGGCUGAGCUGCUGAAGCACCUGGCCGAGAAGAGGGAGCACGAGCGUGAGGUGAUCCAGAAGGCCUUCGAGGAGAACAACAACUUCAUCAAGAACGCCAAGGAAAAGCUUGAACAGAAGAUGGAGGCCAACAAGGAGAACAGGGAGGCCUUGCUGGCCGCCAUGCUGGAGAGGCUGCAGGAGAAGGACAAACACGCGGAAGAAGUGAGGAAGAACAAGGAGAUGAAGGAGGAAGCCUGCCGGUAAACGAGUGGAGCCAGGCAAGAAGAAAGAGAACAAGCAGGACUGGGAGUUUUUUGAGGUGGUUAAAAAAAAAAAAAAAGGGAAAUCAAAACAGUGCAGGAAAGAAAAAAAGAACUCAGAAGCAACUUGAACACAGGGAAAAGCUGUGUUUCCAUAUUUGAUGUAUGCUGUAAUGAUUCUGAACAAGCUGUACAAACAGCUCAACAGCUCUUGAUGUUGAAAUUCAAAAAGAAAUCUUUUUCUUUUUUUCUAGAGGAAAGUGGGGAGGGAGGGGGUGUUUGCAUCUAAACAAUUUUUUUUUAAAAAGAGGAGUGACAACAUUUGGUGAAUGCAAGCUGCAUCAAGGCUGGAGGGGGUAAACAUUUAAAUCACAGCUCUCUCUUUUCUGCAGCCUCUUCAGGCAGAAAGCAGGAACUCCUACUUGACUGCCUGGUUUUUAAGCAUCGGUAACUGAGCUGUGUUUACUUGGUGUUGGCGAUGCUUUGAAUCAGAAAUUGUCACCAAAUGCUACCAAUUUGGCGGCAACACAGCCAGUGACUCUGUUUCUUUACAAUUAGACUGUGGAGUAGGGAGAGGAUUUAAAUUGGUACCAAGUAAAACAAUAUGAAAGGUGUGAUGUGCGUGAGAAGAAGUGGACCCAGCAGAUGUAGUUUAGGAGCCCUAGAGCCCACAGCCACUAAAGUCAAAGCUAAAAGGCCCAAGUUUCUUCAGUCUUUGAUAUACUGUAUAGCCUACUUACCAGUCAACAAACAUGAACAUGACAUAACACGCAAGCUUGUGCUGUUUCCGAAUCAAAAAUAAAACUUGAUUUCCCAAGGACUCCCGCUCUCAUGCUAAUUCUUCGCUGCACCGUUUUUGGGGUUGUUGGGUCUGUCUGGGGACGCCUGCGUGCGCUAAACUCAGUGAAUCUCACAAUAUGGUUUAUGAAUAUUAAACAAAGCAUCAGCCUUUUGUACAGUGCUCUAGGGGAGUCAAAGAAAAAAAAAAGCUUGAAACAGGAAGACGCUCUACUCUAUUCGGCCACUUUCUGGCUCUUGAUGUAACUUUAACUGUAGUGUAGUUGUAGAUCAGUGACAUGCAUUUGAGUCUCUUAGAUUUAGAGCACUGAUUGCACUCUUAUUUCAUUAAGCACAACUUAAAAGCACAUAGGCUUAAAUGAAGGACAGUCAAUAUAUACAGUAUAAAUAACAAUAACAUCACAAGAAAGAAUAGUAGUUGGUGACAAAAGUUUAGAAUUUGGACGUAUUUGGUUUUGAAAGGAUCAGUUUGUGGGGUUUCCUGGCCAACCAGCAGCCUCACUUUGCUUUGGCUUGUGUCACUGUGCUCUGAUUGUCCGUUUAUUUUCAAAGGAAUUUAAACAUAAAAGAAACAGAAACAGAAAGAUGAACCUUGCUCAAGUUGUUGAGUCAUACUGACUUGAUUGAAAUGUCUAAAAUGUUUUCACUGUACCUGGGGAGUCAUACCAUGGGGUUUGUACUUGCUGUAACUGUGUGUCGCUGUAUAUCUUCAAGGCUGGAUUGAUUGUAUUUGGCAUGGUUAGUAAAAACUGCUUGACUGAA